AUGGAGCCAUCGCUUACGUAUCCAAAAUCUGAAGCUCCAUUCUCCCCCGAGACGUCUCCAGACACGAGGGACAUCGAGGAGGGCACAGUGCACCAAUAUGGUCAACCGGCACUACCUAUUGACGAAGCGUUGGAGUCCAAGCUCCGAUGGAAGAUGGAUCUUCGUAUACUGCCCACGGUUACGAUUAUCUACUUGCUUUGCUUUAUUGAUCGCGCAAACAUUGGUGAGUAUAUCAAGACAUCCAGUCGCGGCCAUAUCUCUCAUAACUCUGCAGGUAACGCCAAGAUCGCGGGUCUAGAGGCCGACCUGAAGAUGCAGGGUUAUGACUUUAACAUUUCCCUCUCAAUCUUUUACAUCUCCUACAUCCUGUUUGAGAUCCCUCUGAAUCUCUUGUGCAAGCGGAUAGGGCCGGGUUGGUUUAUACCUACGUGCUGUCUCGGCUUUGGUAUAUGCACCACCUGCACGGCCUUUGUUAAUGACUUCUCGACUCUGUGCGGGCUCCGAUUUUUACUUGGCGUCUUCGAAGCUGCCAUGUUGCCGGCCAAUGUAUACUACCUCUCGCGUUGGUAUCGACGCAGUGAACUGACCUUUCGGCUUUCGUUCGUCAUCAUCUCGGCCUCCUUGGCGGGUGCAUUUGGAGGUCUGCUUGCCUCUGCCAUUUUGCGUCUUCAGCAUUUCGGCUCCUUGCAUUCUUGGAGGAUGAUAUUUGCGAUUGAAGGUACUGUGACCUGUGCAGUGGGAGUGAUAUCAUUCUUCACGCUCACGGAUAGGGUCGAAACUGCCUUCUGGUUAUCACCGGAACAAAAGGCAUUGGCCAAUGCAAGAAUCAUGUCAGAGAGAGUUGGAACAACAGAGAUUAUCGACAAGUUUGGUACCAAGAGAAUGCUCCGAGGCAUCUUGAACCCAGUGGUGCUCCCAACAGCCGUGAUAUCCUUCUUCAACUUCAUCACUGUACAUGGCCUGUCCUUCUUUCUUCCUACCAUUGUUCGCACAAUCUUUCCUCAGCACUCUGUGCAGAACCAGCAGCUCCUCACAGUCCCACCAAAUGUCCUGGGCACGAUCAUGUGCAUGCUAUUCUGCUAUAUAAGCUGGAAAGUGGACAAGCGCGGCAUCUUCCUAAUCAUCUGUGCACCAUUCUCAAUGGUCGGGUACAGCAUGUUUCUGGCAACGUCUAAUCCGCAUGUGCGCUAUGCGGCAACAUUUCUACCAGUAUGCGGCAUCUUCGCUAUGGGAGCAUUCCCCAAUGCCCACGUCUCAGCAAACGUCAUAUCGGAUACUUCUCGGUCCUCUGCGGUCGCCUUCAACGUGAUGCUCGGCAACAUUGGAGGUUUGGUAUCAACUUGGGCAUUUCUCCCUUUCGAUGGACCUGAAUAUCGAAUCGGUAACGGUUUGAAUCUGGCAGCGCAAUCUUGUAUCUUUUUGAUUGCCAUCUGCAUGUAUUUCGCGAUUGAGAGGAGUAACAAGAAAAGGUCUGGAGUGGAUGUGCAGAGAGAAUUAGCUGGUAAGACUCUCUCGGAAAUCCAAGACCUUGAAUGGCGACACCCAGGUUUCAAAUGGCAGAAUUAG